CCUCGUUUGCGCGGCACCGCUACUGCUGACCGUCGGGACCCUCUUCUCGGGGCUUCUGCAAGUGCGCGAGCUCGGGGACGUCGUGCGAGUCUGAGGCCGAGUCUGAACCGCGACAGGUAUUAGCCGGCGGUGAGGUGUGCGCGCGCGGUGACGGUCAGGUGCCUGUGCAUCGGGAUUAUCCGAUCGACUAGGUCCUGUUCUCCGGUGAGGUGCUCCAGUCAACCGCCGAGAUGAGCAGCCAGGCCAGGAUACGCAAGAAAAAGACGCUGGAGAAGAUCAGCCUCCCGAACUACAGCCAACAGGACACCAAGACUUUUCGAACAAGCAUGCACAUGGAGUUGGUUGAAGACGAGGAAGAGGAUUCCAGGGACAAGGAACCGUCGGAAAACGCCAACACAAUUGUCAUCGAGACCACAGUGAAAAGUCCCGAGGUGAAAGCCAGUGCGCAGACGCCGCCACAAGAACCCGAUUAUGUAUGGAGUCCUUGGUCGUCUAACCAGAGGCAGAGUGCAAGCAGCAUGGAGCAGUCCAACGGCAUUGUGAAAGAGACCAGGCUGAUCAACGAUACGCAGCAGCACACAGAAAAGAAUGACGAUCGGCCCGGUUACAGGCCCGUCAAGUUUUCGCCCGUGGCACACCUGACCCAGGCCAAUAAACCUCAGUCCCACGACGCAGUUUCCUCGCCGACGACUCCGCCGUCGCCCUCAGCGGCGCUGCGGACCUCGUGGAAUCCGAUCGUGUCCGAGCUUAAGGAGCAGUACCAGCCUGCGGAGGGCGCCCCGUCGACCAAGCCGGCCGCCAGCAAGCCCCUGCCGCCCCCUCCAGUGCCUCCGUCGCCGGCCAGCCCCACCCUGGGUCCCGCCUCGAGCCCGCCGGCGACUACCAACGGCUCCGACUCCCCCACGUCUGGCUUCGCCAAGCUGCGCGUUGGAGGCUCGGGGCUUCCUCCCUCGCAGAGUCCCACCAUCACGCUCCUGCAGAAGGCACGGGAAGGACAGAUUCCAAAGGGAGCCCUUUACAUAGACCACAACUUUGAUUCUAAAGAAAUCCCGGCGCCCCGACGGUUCGGCCGACCGAACGAGCCAUACGUUUACGACGAACGAGUGACCCUCGACGGCGACCGAGUGCACACGGACACAUACUACGCCAUGCCCACCUCGAAGGAGGUCUCGACCGGGGUGCAGACCACGAUUAAGGCACCCCCUAAAUACGAGGGCAUCGGCCCCACUAUCAACGGAAUCCCCGUUGCAUUGCGAACCGAUAAGGGAUUCCAGAAUGUAAAAGACGAGUAUGCGAGCGACUGGUACAAGACCAUGUACAAGCGUCUCCACAAGUAUGGAGAUGGAAAUCGACACAAUGAUGGGUACAUGUCUGAGCCAGAGUUCUCUUCAAGAAACGAUGACCGGCCAAUGUUUGGUGGAAGGAACGCUAAGAGGGCAGUCAGCCGUGGCUAUGCGAACGGCCUGUCAACUUCUCCAGCAUCUUACAAGAUCCAGCCAAGAAGUAUUGCUGAAUAUGAACCAGGUCAUUCAUCCAUUGCUGAACGGGAGGCCGCCUUUAGCUCAAGGUACAUGCCACCUCUGGAUGCUCCAAAGCCAAAGUACACACUGAGCGACGGCUACGAGUCAGACACAACGCUAAUCCGCAAGGCGGGCCGGCGCAUGAACCACCUGGACUCUAAGCAGCAGCGGGAAUGGUACAAGGCGGUCCAGCGGGGGGAAGACAUCCCCCUCGAGGGGCUGGGCAAGCCUGCUCCAGAGAAGCCACGCGAGCCUGUUAUUGGACCGUAUCCACCGGACAAUUCAGACCUCGACGAGUAUGAAGCGCAACUGCACCGCUACCUGGAGUCGGAGGUGAACAUCCACUACAAGACCCCCGUGCGCACAGUCGAGAAGGAGUUCAUCGAAGAGGAGGAGCUGCGGAGGAGGCAGGAAGUGGCCAUGAGGAAGUUUUAUGAAGACGAGUUCUACAAAAAGCAGCUGCAGCAACAGGCUGAGAUUGAGAUGCGGCGGCACAAUGACUACUUUACGCCAUCGCAGAAAUCCCCAAUUCCUCUGAAUCGGUAUGAAAACUCGUUUGAGACCUCUUCAUCACGCCCUUCCAAUCGGACUCCCGAACCUCGGACUCUGGCCAAGGUGCUCUACAACUUCUUGGCUCAGUCACCCAAGGAGGUGAGCUUGAGGAAAGGCGACUUGGUGUACAUCACCCGCAAGAUUGACCGCAACUGGUACGAAGGGGAGCACCACGGUCUCGUCGGGAUCUUCCCCGUCAGCUACGUGGAGGUGAUUCCGGUCGAGAGCGCCAAUCUCCAGCCACGCAAAGCGCUCGAGGGCUUGGCACGUGCCAAGUACAACUUCUGCGCCCAGACGCCGGUGGAGCUGUCUUUCUUCCGAGGUGAAACGGUGGUGCUGAUGCGUCGUGUGGAUGCCAACUGGUACGAGGGACGCAUUGGGAACAAGCGAGGCAUCUUCCCAGUAUCCUACGUGGAGGUGGUCACGGAGCCGCAGGAGCUUGUUGCAACAACCAUAUCUCCCAAGCCUCCUGCAAGCCCGGUGUACAGUCCGCUGGUGAACGGCGGCUCUCUUCAGAGGACAUCGCCAACGUAUGCCUAUCCGCAGGAGUCGCUGCAGACCCGUCUCAAGCAGCCGACCACCAGCAGCCUGCAUGUGGAUGCACACAAUGAGCCCAUCUCGUAUCGAGUGUUGUACACGUACAAGCCCCAGAACGACGACGAGCUGGAGCUGUUUGAGGGUGACACGGUGUUUGUGAUGGAGAAGUGCGACGAUGGCUGGUACCUUGGCACCUCCCUCCGGUCGGGCCUCUUCGGCACUUUCCCCGGCAACUACGUCGAACGGAUAUGAGCGUCCCUGUGAAUCGACAAUGCUAUGUCACACUGCUUCAUCACCUCAAUCGUCCGUCUGCAAAAGAAACGUGGCGCGCAGUUCCAAGACGCUGUGGCUAAAACCACGACAUUCGGGGACAUAUGUCAAUGCUGGAAAAUGAUUCUGUUCUGUGCAGAAGGGAUAUAUAUGUCCGCCUUGCCAAGCUAGAAGAGCCAGGUGGUGUGUUUCACUCGCAUAAUUUGUGCACAAUCCAGCAAAGAAAGAGCCACGUUCCGUGCUUGUUCAUUCGUUUUUCCUUUUAGUUAUUGUUUACUACCGUUGUGCAAGCAUUAGGAUUUCAAAGUCACUCAGCCAGCUUGCGUUUCAAAGAAGCCCCUUAACAUUUCUGGAAACACGGGUUCUUCCGAAAAGUCACUGGAGGAAACAAAUGCACCUCUUUUUUAUGUCGUUGAGGACUGCGAUUCGAGGUGGCUCAUAGGUACAACUAAAACGACAAAAAGGAAUUGCAGCUUUAAUAUUUAAUGUUGUACUAGUAUGAUUUCUCUGUAUAUUAUGUUAUAACAUGGCAGUUUAUAUUCUAUUGUUGUUACACUUGUGUUCUUAACAACAUUACUCUUCUAACACGGCUACCCACUUUGGGUGUGUGUGUGUGCGUGUGUCUGACUCUGUGAGUCAAAUGGGUUAUGUAUUUUCAAAGCAGUCAUGUGUUCUGUUUUGCGACUGUCGAAGACUUGUGUGUGCAUUGAGGGGGAUAAUUGUACAAACCUCGCAAGCUGUUGCGGCAUUAGUGGAUAACCCGAUGAUGCUGGACGAGAGAAUUGUGGCAUGCCAAAUAAUUCGGGAUGCCACAGAAAACGAGUUUUGGGGGGCGACACUACAGCCAGGACUGCAUUUAAAUUUGUUUUAUCAUAAUUAUUUUUGUUUUAUUUUAAAAUGCUUAUCCUGGAGUUUAUUGCAGCAUAAAUUCUGUUUUUUUACCCUUUUUUCUUCCUACUGCUGCUUCCCGGUCUUUUUUGUCUACAAUAUUGUAAGUUAAGUGCCCCAACUGGAGGGAAUGUGCAAUGUUCUGGUCACUUGCUUUUUUCAGAAUACUGUAUGCAUGCUCUGGGGUUCAUUUUGCUUUUUCAACGUUACUGCACUCUUCUACUGAAGUUUGUUUUUAGAUCACUUCACAUUCAUCCCAUCCCUGCAAUGCCUUUAAAAAUUUAACUUACCAUCUUUUUUUUUUUUUUUGUUGCUGUUAAUUUUUGUGAAUGCAAUAUGAAUUAUUUUUAUAAGCUUAGCUUACUGGCCAUUCAGGAUCCUACUCUUAGCAGUGGUAGUUUUCACAGCAUUUUGGCUGCUUGAUCCUUCACACUUGCUAAGUGAAUUUUAAUGUCAUACCACUAGACAAGUUAGCGAUUCUGGGCCGUUCAUUCUCAUAGACACAGGCAUUAUAAACACCUUGCUGAUGAGUCAAAUAUUGCCUCUGUUAUAAAUUUUUGUACCUUUUUUCCCCAGCAGCAUUGACAUAAGCUGAAAUGUCUGCUCUUUCUCCCUACAAACUGUUGCAAACAUAACAGCUAGCCCCUAGGCAUAGCUUAAGCACUCUUCUGUCUCAAUAGCAAAGUGGCUUCAGGCUAAGGCUAGAGUAAGUGAAUGUCCAGUAGAAUGUUACCAUCCACCUACCUUAGCUUGUAAAAGGUCAUCCAGACUUGUAGUAAAAUUUUCUUCGCAAAAAGAUGUGGAUGUGCUAUUUUCAUAUGCAAGUGCAUUUUCUUGAGGCACGUGUGAAUGUCUGAAGAAAGGCCAGCUGGGAGACAGUGAAUGACUCUUUAAUAAGUUCGUUCAUUUUAGUAGCACAUAAAGCUAGGUGCCUUAUAAAAAUGAAUGAGUAUUCUUUAAAAUCAUUUUGCUGGUGUGAAUAGAGCUUCAUCAUCCACUUGGAGGUUUCUCAUGUAUUGCAUGCUAAAAUGUAUUAUAGUGAGGUGAAAACUUACAAUCUGUGGAGGGUAUUUUACACAACCCCUUUGAUAUGUAUUAUUUCAAAUUUCGGAACUCUUAACAUCGCAAAGAGAUGAAGCUUAGGAUGCCAAGCAUGGAGCUCUAUUCAGAUGCUUUCAUUUCAUAUUGUGUUAUUGCUUAUAACUGGCUUACAUUGCAAUCAAUUCUAAACAUAUUUGCUGGAGCAUUUAUAGUGCAGGUAGCAUUCUUUUCAAGAGCAGUCUUUGUGUUUGCUGUUGCUACAAUUGCAGUUAUCGAGGAGUCAUAUUGUUUUUCAGUCCGAACAUGUGCCAAGCUCGAGAAUUUUAAAAGCUUGUCAGUACAAAGAUUGUGCAGCAAUUCUUACCGAGGUCUGCAAAGUAUCCGUUGCUGUAGGAGUGCCUUUGAUUGACUGCCUCUCAGAAUACUUGCAGGAUUUUCAGUGACUGCCUUUGUGGCCGACGUACACAAUAUUGCACCAGAAAUGUUUGCACUGCACUUAUGUUUCUUUAAUUUCUACUCAGUCUUUUGUAGAAGUGACUAUCAAUGUUCUCAGUAGGAUCAUAGUAUUUUACUAAGAUUGCUUUGAUAGGUUAGUUAAGGAUAUAGUACUCAAUUCUGGUUCUGAAAAUGCAUGAUGACAACAUCAACCGUUGAAAACAUUGGCUACAAAUCAUAUGCUCAAGAAUGUGAGCAUUUACAAUGUUUACGUGUAAUUCAAUGUUUAUUUGUACAUUGCAAGAAAUUAUUUUGCAAAAGGUACUAUAUAAAAAAGAACUUAUUUUAAGAUUUAAUAUCCCAUUCUUUUAUUAUGACAACAGUAUUAUAGGCUUAGGGGAUCCUAAGUUCUGUAGCAGGUUUCUGGAAGGCAUGGUCAUUUGCAAAGCCUUAUUUGUUGUUACCAAGUCACAUUUUUACCAUUGCAAAGAGCUUGAUUACUCUAUGUCGUCUGUGCACAGUGAAAUGAAUUCCUACAGGUUUUCUCAUAGCAUAGUCUAUUCCUCAAAGUAUCAUGGCAUUUAUAGCCUUGUUGACCUGUCCAGAUAUAAAGAAAACUGCAGUGACUAGUUAUAACGGAUGCCAUGGCUAGCGUUUCCAGUGUCUUGAUGUUAGACUGAAGCCAUUUUUGCUUUCACUGUUGUGUCAUGCCAGAGUGUUGCUUUUUGAGCAUAGCUCCUUUGCUAAUUGUGUUAGCAUAUAUGUUGGUAAAAAGAGGGUGCUAUGUUUUGAUCGACAAAAAUGUGGAAUGUUCAAAGGCCUUGCUUGGAAUUCGAGUAAUGGAGACAGAAUUUAUUUUUGUUUUCCCUGGAGUUCAGUGAUGCGAAGCAGCUAUUUCUAGCGUAUGCAGGCACGACAAGCAUGUGUCAUAUUUGUAUGCAGCAGUACAUUUUGCUUGUUUGUUUGAUUUGUUUCUGUGCACCACAAAUUAAUUCUUUCUUUUUAGGCAGCCUUAUUUCAUUGGACCCCAAGUUUACAAUGACAGGAGUUCCUGUUAUAUUCUUCAUUUAUGCUGCUAUUAUCCGCGAGUUUUUUUUUUUUAAGUUGUGUUUUUUUUUGCUUUUUCAUUAUGUUUAUGUCCAACAUUUGAGCAUGGUUGUGUUUUUUCCAUUCAACGCGUUGCACUAAGAUUCGUUGUGUAAGGAAACUGUCGGAAAUGCUGCACUACCCUGACAAGGCAUGGCAGGUGUUUUCCUUUUCGAUUUUUGUUUGGUUCAUUGCAGUGAUGAGCCAUUUUAGGGCAUUUUAAGUGACACUGAAGGAUAUGCCACAUGCAUCACAGAAUGCCGAAGGUGCCGAUGCUGCUUGUUUGAGCAUCUUGGUGGUACAACUGCUUGCAAGUUUGCGUAUUAUCGUCAUACCUUUUUUUUUUUUUUUUUUGCUUUUCUUUUGUUCAAUGUUACAAUGAUUACAACCAUUUGAGGGAAACCCAAUCUAGUCGCAGCAUGUUUACACCUUCUUUUCUUGUUGAGAUCAAUGACAGCGUGUUUUUAUUAUCUGCGAGAUAUUUUAUCUUCCUUGUUGACCCUGUAAUCUUGUAGAGGAUGCACACUCGAAUUGGAGCUGUGUAGUUCAGGUACAAAAUAAAACUGGUAGUUUAGCGGAUGUUAAAGUGGC